UGCUGCUCGCUGGUAGCUGUCUCUCAAAAAAGCUCCGGCGACGAGGAAUAUGACGGCAAUGGCGAUCUUCCGUUCGAGGACAUGGCUCUCCAGAAGCUUCUCGAGUCUUUCUUCUCAUCCCCUUCGCGUCUGUGUGGUCGGCAGCGGACCUGCCGGCAUGUACACCGCCGAGAAAAUGCUGAAGGCGCACCAGGGGGCAGAAGUUGAUAUCAUCGAUCGUCUGCCGACGCCUUUUGGAUUAGUCCGGUCAGGAGUUGCCCCCGAUCAUCCAGAAACCAAGAUUGUGACGAAUCAGUUCUCGAGGGUCGCGCAAAAUGACAGGUGCUCGUUCUUUGGGAACGUUACUCUUGGGUCCUCCAUUUCGCUCUCGGAGCUGAGGAACUUGUAUGAUGUGGUUGUUCUUGCAUAUGGUGCUGAAAGUGACAGAGCGCUGGGUAUUCCAGGAGAAGAUCUUUCUGGGAUAUACUCAGCCAGAGAAUUUGUCUGGUGGUACAACGGGCACCCAGAUUGCAGAAACUUGAGUCCUGAUUUGAAGAAUACCGAUACGGCUGUUAUACUGGGCCAGGGGAAUGUAGCUCUUGACGUUGCUCGUAUCCUUCUACGCCCAACAGAAGAACUGGCAACAACUGACAUUGCCUGCCAUGCUUUGGCUGCCUUGGAGCAGAGCUCUAUCAGGAAAGUCUAUUUGGUUGGCAGACGCGGACCAGCCCAAGCAGCUUGCACUGCGAAGGAGCUACGAGAAAUUCUUGGCACAAAAAAAGUACAGAUUCACAUCAAGGAAGAAGAUUUACAUAAAAGCCCCGAAGAUGAGGAAGAGCUGAAGAACAGCCGUAUCAGAAAGAGGGUUUAUGAGUUGCUCUCCAAAGCUGCCACCACAGGACCUUCCCUUCCUAGUUCUGGUCAACGUGAACUUCACUUUGUGUUCUUCCGGAAGCCUGAUAGCUUUUCUGAGUCAGCUGAGUACCCAGGGCACGUUUCUGGUGUACACUUAGAGAAGACGGUUCUCAAAGGUGUUGGCAGUGGGAAGCAGAUUGCCGUUGGCAGCGGUCAGUUUGAGGACAUUGAGUGCGGUAUGGUUCUGAAGAGCGUUGGCUACAAAUCAGUGCCUGUACCCAGUUUACCAUUCGAUCAUAAGAACGGUGUGGUUCCAAAUGCUGGAGGGCGGGUCAUGAGCGAUACUUCCGGAGACCCUGAACUAAUCGAGCAGGGCUUGUACGUAUGCGGGUGGUUAAAGAGAGGGCCAACGGGCAUCAUUGGGACAAACCUGCACUGCGCAGAGGAAACUGUGGCAAGCAUAUCGCACGACCUUGAACAUGGCUUGAUAGCAUCACCGUCUACGUCAACGAAGCCCGGCAGAGAAGGGCUCCUCCAGUUGCUCGACGACAGGAACGUGAGAGCUGUGCCGUUCAGCGGUUGGGAGAAGAUAGACUGUGAAGAGAGGAAACUCGGGAGUCUGAAAGGCAAGCCCAGGGUGAAGUUAGGCAGCUGGGAGGAUUUACUGAAAGUUGCAGUGUAGUUUCAGUUUUUCGUCUAUACUUCCAAAACUUCAGUGUUAUACAUUUUGAUGGAUAACAUACAAUCAUUUAGUAACGACGAGUUGUAUCGGUUAAAUCAUGCGUAUUAGAUAGGGUUUAUCGUACGAUAUUGUAAUGACUUUUUAUGCUGUUUUCGUACCAAUUUACAAUGGUAUUCCAUUUGUAAUAACUAUCGAUUAAACAACGAUUGUGUCACUAAAAUUGAUUACCAUUCCACAAAACAGGAUUGUAGAAGAGAGCCAGAGAGGGUAUCUAAGUGGAAGGACAAAGAAGUUAGAG